AUGAUUUGGUAUGUGGCCACUUUGAUAGCAAGUGUAUUCAGCACCCGAGGAACGGCCGCUCAAGGUGCCCACGGAGUGCGAGAGGAGCCCCAGUUUGUGACGGCACGUGCAGGAGAGAACGUCAUCCUGGGAUGCGACGUGUCCCACCCCCUGAACGGCCAGCCCUAUGUGGUGGAGUGGUUCAAGUAUGGAAUGCCCAUCCCCUUCUUCAUCAAUUUUCGCUUCUACCCUCCUCACGUGGACCCAGAAUAUGCUGGCCGUGCCACACUUCAUGGCAAGUCCUCCCUGCGGAUAGAGAAUGUGCGUUCAGACGACCAGGGCUGGUACGAGUGUAAGGUGCUGAUGCUGGAGCAGCAGUACGACACCUUCCACAACGGCAGCUGGGUGCAUCUAACCGUCAAUGCGCCCCCCACAUUCACAGAUACGCCACCUCAGUACGUAGAAGCCAAGGAGGGCGGGAGCAUCACUUUGACCUGCACGGCCUUUGGCAACCCCAAGCCCUCAGUCAGCUGGCUGCGGGAGGGCACUCUCAUGGUCAGCAGUGCCAAGUAUAAGGUGUCUGAUGGGAGUUUGACGGUGCUAUCCAUCACUCGGGAGGAUCGAGGAGCCUACACAUGUCGAGCGUUCAGUCCCCAGGGAGAGGCCAUUCACACCACACGGCUACUUGUCCAAGGCCCUCCGUUCAUUGUGUCACCGCCAGAGAACAUCACAGUGAACAUCUCGCAGGAUGCCUUCUUCACCUGCCAGGCAGAAGCCUACCCCCGCAACCUGACCUACACGUGGUUCUGGGAGGAGGACAACGUCUUCUUCAAGAAUGACUUAAAACGCAGAGUCAGUAUUCUCAUCGACGGCUCCCUCAUCAUUGCCCAAGUCAAGCCAGAGGAUAAUGGGAAAUACACCUGUGCACCGAGCAACAGCCUGGGCCGACCACCGACUGCCUCUGCUUACUUAACAGUCCAAUAUCCUGCCCGCGUGGUAAACAUGCCAUCCGUCAUCUACGUGGCCAUUGGUUUGCCAGGCUUCAUCCGUUGUCCUGUAGAUGCCAACCCCCCUGUAACUCUAGUUAAGUGGAAGAAAGAUGGCCUCUCUCUCCGGAUAGAUAAGUACCCUGGUUGGAGCCAAAUGGAGGAUGGUAGCAUCCGCGUGGCAGAGGUGACAGAGGACUCUCUCGGCACCUAUACCUGCAUGCCUUACAAUGCCCUGGGAUCCAUGGGAUGGUCCCCUCCUGCUCCCUUGGUGCUAAAGGACCCUCCCAAAUUCUCAGUGGUUCCUGGAGGGGAGUACAGGCAGGAGGCUGGGAGAGAGCUGGUUAUUCCCUGUGAGGCAGAGGGAGACCCCUUUCCCAACAUCACAUGGCGGAAGGUAGGGAAGCCCAGCAAAAGCAAGCACAAUGUUCUGCCCCGUGGCAGCUUACAGUUCAAGUCCCUCACAAAGGAGGACCACGGGGAGUGGGAGUGUGUUGCCACCAACGUUGCCACGAGCAUCACUGCCAGCACGCACGUCCAAGUGAUAGGCACAAGCCCCCACGCCCCCACCAGAGUCCACGUGGUGGCAUCCUCCACCUGGGCCAACGUGUCCUGGGUGGCGGGCUAUGAUGGAGGUUUCCCACAGACAUUCUCAGUCUGGUAUGGCCAUGUGAUGAAGAGGGAGCAUUUAGGUCCACAUGACUGGCUUUCCAUACCCGUGCCUGGAGGCCACGACUGGAUGCUGGUGCCUGGUUUGGAGCCAGAGACAACAUACCAGUUCAGCGUCCUGGCCCAAAACAAGCUCGGUACAGGACCCUUCAGCGAGGUUGUCACUGUGAACACACUAGUAUUUCCUAUAAGUACCCCUGAACCAUUGGUGCUGCUUACCCCACCACGGUGCCUCACAGCCAAUCGCACGCAGCAGGGAGUCCUGCUCACCUGGAUCCCGCCUGCCAACCACACAGCACCUAUCCAGCAUUAUGUCAUGGACUUUCGCCUGGGGGAGAGGUGGGAGGUCUUGGACGACAGCAUUACUGCUGGGGAGACGGAGUUGCUUGCCCGAGACCUCAUCCAGGAGGCGUGGUAUGAGUUCCGUGUCAUGGCCGUCAUGGAUAACAUGAUCAGCGAGCCCAGUAAUGUAGUGGGCGUGUCCAGCACAGACUUCUUCCCUCCUCCAGAGAUGGUGGAGGAGCGUGGACUGGCACGGCCUGUGGUGGCGGGCAUUGUGGCCACCAUCUGUUUCCUAGCAGCAGCUGUCCUGUUCAGUACAAUGGCCGCCUGCUUCGUCAACAAACAGCGCCGCCGGAAGCUCAAGAGGAAAAGAGAUCCUCCUCUGUCCAUAACCCAUUGCAGAAAAAGUCUGGAAAUUCCGAGUCCAAUUAGCUUCAUUCCCAGCAUUGAGCCCUACUGGGAGGGGCUGGACGCAAGCAGGUACAGGCCCCAACCUUCCAGUCCUCAGUCAUCUACAGGAAAGAUGAGCCCUGAGAGCCUUCACUCCAAGGCAUCCCUGUCAGAAUCAUCAGAGGAUAGUCAUGACCAGCGUGGGAAGAAACCACCUCCAAGUCCCGGGAAGAAGGAGGAAUUGUCUUUAUACAUGAAGACCAAAAGAGCAAUAACAAGCAAGAAGUACAGUAUGAAGCAUGAAGCUGAAGCAACAACACCCAUUGAACUCAUCAGUAGAGGCCCAGAUGGACGAUUCGUCAUUGAUCCCAGUGAUGCAGAAAUGUCUGUUAAGCCCCGGCGAAUUGAGGGCUUCCCUUUUGUGGAGGAAUCAGACCUUUAUCCUGAAUUCCGACAGUCAGAUGAAGAGAAUGACGAUCCCAGGCCUCUUCCACCAGUUAUGGCCCCCCUUCGUCCACAUCAGAUUUCCCCCAUCUCCAGUCAGGAAUCCUAUCUGCAACCUCCAGCCUACAGCCCUCGUUUCCACAGGCCCUUCGAAGGUAUGACCAUCAUGGAGAGCAGGCGACUCCAGGCAACUGGGCAGAUCCGAGGCUCUCUCCACCACAGGGCUUUCUAUGGCUAUCUCGGCCCUCCUGGGGAUCAUGAGCCCCCACCACCUUUUUACAUGCCUGAUACCAGCCCUCUCAGCUCUGUCAUGUCCUCCCCUCCAUAUCUUGCUGAAGGUCCCUUUGGUCACCCAAUGAUUCCUGAAGAAAUUGGGGAGGGUGAUUUCUCACAAUAUGCUGUGUCUGGUUUCCCACUUCCUCUGACACUCACCUCUUCCUCUCGUUCACCGGAAAUUUGGCAGGGGCUGGAUUUCACCUUUGCAAGUCUGGAGGGACCCCAAUUCAUUUUCCCCCCUCAUCACCCUUUGCAACUCCGCCAUGAUUCCCCUUACCCUCCUCCACCUCACGUUCUUCCCCUUAGUGCUUUUCAGCCCUCCUCCCUCCCAAUGCCCACUUACCCAGGUGUCCUCCCACUGGUGGCCCCAAGGAGCCACUCAAGACAGUCUCCCAGUAGGGCCAAGCCUCGUGGCUCCCCAGCCAAGCAUUUAGCUAUGCAAGAGGCACAUUUAGGGCAGCUAAGACACACAAGCCACGGUAUGGGUGUGCCAGUUUUGCCUUACACCGAUCCAAUGGCCCAUAUUAUCCCGAGCACAUUCAGUAGCCUGGACACUCGAUGGUUUGAAACCACCCCUCGUUUUAGUCCCAGACAGGCUCGUAGGAUGGAUUCUGGCAUGCAUCAGGUGGUUCUCCAGCCCUCUCGACUCUCACCACUUACACAAAGCCCAUUUAGCUCUCAUGAGGGCUCCCCAGAGAUUGUAGUUCGUCCCAGGCCACGUCCCAACAUUGUCCAACCUCCCAUACCCCCAGUGAUGUCUGAGAUUACCCUCCUCCCUCCUUCCACAGCCAGCUUCUCAAGGAGAUCUUCCCCUUCCUCUUCACCUGCCCAUGGCCAGGGUAGCAGGAGGGCAAGCCCCAGCUACCGUUCUCACAUGGCCUUUGCCACCUCUGCAACCAGCUACCCACCCUCCCAGUCCCCGUCACCCCCUAUGGAAAGCAGCAACAUGUUUGGGCAGAUGCCAUCUCAUAGGAGGACUGAGGAGGAGAUCCUUCCAUCUGAGCCCUCUCCAUCCCAGUUGUCAGCUUCAGGAAAACGUCGAGGUGCACUGAGAGGCCUUUCGGGGUCUGAGAGGGUUGAUGCACUGAGAUACCAACGUAUUAGAAAGACUAAAAAGAUGACAAUGAACAACAAUAACUCCAAGAGCAGAAAAAAAGAAGGUGUCUCCACCUCUCAGACCCAGCAGGCCUACACCUCUCAGGUACUCCAGCCCGAAGAAGCUCUCUACCUCCGCAAGAAGAGGAAACGGCCCAUCUUCCAUGACCCAUACACCCGCUUUUCUGCUCUGCUGUACCGCCGCCCAACACGGGAGGACCAGAAGGCUAUUUUGGCUAGCAUGGACAACAUAGACCUAGACCAUGCCACUCUCCUCUGAAAGUCUUUAAGGACAAGGUCAAUACCAUGCAAUACGCCCCCAUUACAAAUUAACACUGGCUAAUGAUCAGUUGACACAAAAAUCUAAAAGUCUUUGCAAUUUAUUAUAUAUAAAGGGGAAUAGCACUAAAUUGCAUUAUUCAGUAUAUUCUGACUCAGCCCUUGGUCAGUUCAGUCUGCAUGUGUAAGCAUUUUAACUAAUCUGAAAUGACUUCAAAUCAUAAAUCAGAUCAAGAACUCCUUUCAAUGACCAAACUUUUAUUAAUUUUGAUCAAUGAUUUGCCAACAAAACUGCAGCAGUGGCCAAUUAAACUAGCAUCACAGAUUAAAGUGCUUGUUCAAAGUCUGGAUGUUUUUGACGUACUGGGAUGCAGAGGCACAAGAAUGUUCUGUGUGAGCUAAAUCAAGUGGUAUUCCCUUUCAAAAUGUGUAAAGACUAGCAAUUCUUAUCAAAAUGAUAGCUGCCAGUUUCCAAAGUUUUACUCCAGUGCAAAGGAUUAAUUCAGAAAGAGACAAUAUAAUAAUAUAAUAUUCUAUUUUCAUUUAAACUUCCAGUGUUACAAUGUUUUAAUUUGAAAUACUUCUCCAGGCUCGGGUCAUGUUUCUUGUGCUGAGCCAAUCCCCUCAAGGUCUCUGUUUACAGCACCUCCCAACGGAUUUUCUCCGCCAGCAACGUAUCUUAUCUGCCGAGAAAUUCGCCUCAAACAAUCUGGGUUUUCUCACUUAACAAGUAUACCUCAAAGCACAGGACACGAGACCACACAACCACCAGGAUCAGCCAGCAGAACAAACUAGCUUUUUGCAUCUACAUAGUCCUUAUGGUUCUCUACUUGUGUUUCUUUGAGAAAUGUUUUCUACUUUCAACUCAUGUGCAUCUUCUAGUUUGUUAGACAUACACACAUGGCGUUUAUUUACUUUAUUUAUCUUGCAGAAGAAAAUAACAUUAACUCAUCUUAUAAAUGAUCAAGAUGUGAAACAGAAAUACAACACUGAGCUGCUUUACCUUCCUACAGGAGGAAUUCUACUGAUUCUCACUAGAUUCUCUCAGCAGUUUGCACUGGAGCAAAAUCUUGUCAGAUUCAAUAGUCGAGUCUGUUCUUUCACAUCUCCUUCUUUAGAUUUUUUACUUUGGGUCAUGUAGGGGGCUCCAAAUCCUAUUCAGAAAUAUAUAAUUCAUGCCAAAAACAGUCUAAAGAAAAUAACUAAUCAUACUUAUUGGAGGAUAGGAUUUUGUGCCAUAGUAUAUGAUAUAUAGUAUUUUUAAACAUAUUAGAUGGCAUAAAUACAAUUGUUUGGCCUUAAUCAAGCUUUUGGUUGGUUGAUUGCUUCACUUGUGUCUAAGUUGUAUUGCUAUUACAUUUUUUUUAUUCGUGUGUUUGUAUACAUUUGCCUUUUGGGCCAUUUUUUACUCAUAGCCUUUUAUAUUUUGUUUCUUGUGUGUACUUGACAUUUAACAUGGAAAUACUGAGAGUACAGCAUGUGGCACUGAAGGCAACCCAAUGUUUUUGUUGCAGAUUUUCGGGUAAAACCUGUUUUAUUAACUUAAUACUUUAUUUUGAAAGAUUUCAGUGAUUGCCUGUACAACACACAUAAACAUGUGGACACUAACGGUCUAAAAACAAACUAUAGGAUAAGUAGAGGAAUAGCCAGGAACUCUACACAUUACUCAUGCCGCAGCUCAGACAGUCUAAGAACUUAGUUUUCCAACUGAUCAGAUAUGAGAGAAAAUUGUAACAAGUUCAGCUUGUUCAGAGGGUUGCAUUAACAUGCGUGAGCCACUUAUAUGAUCAGAAAGCUGCUGUGGUGAUGUGUGCAUUUGAUGUAACUAUUGGUUAAUUUGUGUAACUAUUUUGAUGCUGAGCAUAUCCUGACAGCUCCAACAUUAUAACAUUAUCUCCACAGUGAAAGCUUGCAGAAGGUGCAGGAUUAAGGUUUCAAACAUUCUGCCCUGAUAGGCUACCGCUCCUCUCAUAGUUUGAGUUUUAAGGUGCAGGACAAGUGAAGGGGGGGAUUUGCUUUUUUUUAAUAACAUUUCAUUUAAUAAAACAGACCUUAUCUGUCUAACACUGAAACUAAAGUCCCCUGAGAGUCAUUUAUAAAUGUUUGGAGAAAAGUGACCCAACUGCAGCAUCACUAGAGUUGCUGUCGUAGUUAAAAUAAACAACCACUUUAUUAAAGAAGCUAGUGCCUUUAUUAAGAAUGGAAGAAUUAGUAAGUCGAAUAGGUUCUGAGCAUUUGCUGGCUAUAAUGGGGAGUAUUGCAUCUGUGUCAUUAUAUUGUGGUAAUAACUCUUAAAUACAGUUACUCUAACUAAAGUGAAGCCAGCGUCUCUGCUUCCAAAGAUAACAGAGUCAGCAUGAAUGAUUUCAGUGAGAAUAAAGGGGCACAGAUCACAGGUGCAAACCCACCACCCAACCAACUGCAACCUUUUGUCAUUGAGAGCUUCUGCCCACCUCUGUCGAUGCCAUGGUUUUUGAAGUGCUGUGAACACAACAGUUGAGUUUGCCUGAAAAGGAAUAACAGUUUAAAACCAUACAUACUGAAACAUAUCAGUGAAGCAGCCAUCUCAUUACAGUUGUGUCAGAGGCUCUUCGUGUGGCUUAAGCUGCAAAGCAAACAAGGAAUCGAUGUGGGAUUCUUCCAUGAAUUACAAAUGUCACAUAGGUUCUAAAAAAAUAUGUUUUUUAAAUAUACAUAAAACAAAAAGAAGAGGCUGCACUUCUGUCUCUAUAAAACUAUAAGUUUAGAAGUCACUUGUUGGAGAUCAGGUUGGAUUUAAAAUCACACUGAAAGAGAAACAGGAAGCUUCUAAAGGCCUUUCUCACGGUAUACCAAUAGCAAAGUAAAAGAACUGCUGGCACUUAUGCAUUGAUGCAUAAUGUUCUUAAAUUAAAUUUGCCUUUAAUAUCAGUACGUCGCUAGGGGCAUUUUUAUGUGAGAUGAAAGAAGAAGAGGGCCAUAGUUUCCUUUCAGAAGGUAUUUAGAUUUGUUUUCCUGCAGACCUGAUGUUAGUGUAGCUGUGAGACCUACUAGUGGACUUCUGGGGAAAUGAACAGAAUGAUUUAUUUAUUUUUAAGACAGGCUUUGUAAUUUCUAGACCUGCAUGACAGAAGGAAAAUAAGUAAUUUCAUACCACACUAAAUGGCCAUUAAGAUCAAAUGCCAAUUAAUUCCCGAAUUAGAAUGAUAUUUGACUGAGUGACUUUGGUCUACAUGGGAUGUUUCUCGAAUCUAGAAGAGCGUUUGUGUCUCAUUCUUUUAAUUUAUGACUAUUUUCUGGCAGAGAUGUAAUGUUAGGGAAUGGAAUCAAUAUUAGAUUAGUAGCCUUUCGGUGCUGAAACUUAAAGAUUUGUUAUUUGAUAUUAAAUCAUAGCUUCUAUACCCAUACUGUACCAACAUAUUUCACCAAUACCUACUCUCAUGUUUUUGUUAAUUUUCCGAUAUAUCACAUUCAUUCUACUAUUGAUUCACUUUGCCAGUUUAUGACUAAAUAAAUAUAUAUGUAAUUAGAUAUUUCUUUCGAGGGUCAGAUUUGAGGCAGAAAAUGCUUUGGGAAAACCAACUGAGCUAAAUCACUGAAAUGUACAUUUGUUUCAUCAAGAUUCCGCUGAAUGUUGAGAUAGUUCCAUGAAAUCAUCUGGACACCAAGUUUUAAAUUUUUAAUUUCCAAAACAGCUUCAAAUCAAUGGUGUGGGGGAAACUGUGGCUUUGUGCGGCUGAGCACUUGUUUCCUCACUGUGGACUUUAAUGAGCUUGUGUGAGGUGAGGACAGUGUGGGCUGGAUGGGUGAGGUGAGGUCAGAUCGGCCUCAGCAAAGACGUACUGUAGACCUCUUAAUGUGCCACAGACAGAUGUUUCUGUACAUACUGUACCUAUCGUGUAUAUUGGAAGAUAUUAUUUGCAUGGUAUGAAGAUUUGAAUGCCACUGUCAAACAGUGAUUUAAUUACACCUAGAUUUUAAAGGAAAGCCAGUUAAAAGCUUGUCUCAUUAAUCAGAACCAUCCACUGUACUCGUACUGUUGCUGAUAAGGCUGCUACACACAAGCACAUUGUGCCAUUACAUCGGGUUAAGAGUGUGGAUGGAAACACCCAGGGUUGUCUCUAUGAUAAGGUAACUAGGUGCUAGUAGAUUCACUCUUUACUUCUGUGAUGUCUAUAAAUUGAUACUUUUAUUGUACCUGUCAGGUUAACACUAGCUCAAUAACAGUUGUCUGGAGUAAAAAGAAACAUUUUCAAUUUU